AUGUUCAGCGCUGUGAGGUCUGCUGCUACGUUUGCCCGCACACAGCCAGCAGCAGCAGCAGCAGGGAGCUCAACAGCCCCUCAGCUGCAGCAGCAACCGAACAACGCUGCACCAACUCCGCCGCAACAGCAGCAGCAGCAGCAGCCAGCAGCAGAAGCACAGCCUGCUGCGGCUUGGGGGACUCCCGCUGCAGCUGCCAACAGCAAAGGCCAGGGGCUGCCCAAGGACGAUGGCAGCAGCAGCAGCAGAGACACGGAAGCCUCGAACAGCAGCCAGCAGCAGCAGCAGCAGCAGCCGCAACAGCAGCAGCCGCAGCUACAACAGAGGCAGCAGCAGCACCAACAGCGCCGUGUCCAUAUGGGUAAGCGCCAAACAGCAGCAGCAGCAGCAGCAGCAGCAGCAGCUGCAGCCGAAGCAGCCUUUCAGGGAGCGUGUCUUGUUCUUCUGUUUGUUGCGUCCACAGAAGAGCAGCAGCAGCAGCAGCAAAGCCCGAUGCGCUCUGCAGCUGCCCCCGGCGGCGCUGCUUCCAGUCGCUUCGAGCCGCAGACGAGAAACGAAGACAGAGGGCAGCAGGCUAGGGGAAAGAAGAAAGCAGCAGAGGCUGUGUCUUCGGGGAGAGCGGCUGACCGCAAGCAGCACGAAGCAGCAGCAGCAACAGCAGCAGCAGCAGCAGCAGAUGCGCGGCUGCAGCAAUCUGCAGACAGCAGCAAAACGACGGGGGCCUCCUUUCCAUCUGCUGGCGACGCAGCAGCAACAACUGCAGCGGCGGAUUCGGCAGCUACUGGCGCUGCUGACGGCAACCAGCAGCAGCAGCAGCAGCAGCAAGGCCCCGCAGCAGCAGCAGAGGGAGGGUCCCCCACGGCCAGCAGCAGCAGCGGCAAGAAAUGCUUCCAGUUUAAUCCUUACGCAAAUAGCUUUACGCCUGCGACGCCCUCCUCGCAUGCAGCAGUAGCAGCAGGGUACAGAUUUGCUGCUGCUGCUGCUGCUGCUGCAGCAGCAGCAACCAGCGCUGCUGCGCGGCACGGAGGGGCCCCGCAGCAGCCCCUGCCGGGGGCGGUGUCUCUCCCGGGUACAGCAGCAGGAGAAGUCGGCGACAAGAGCAGCAGCAGCGGGCAGCAGCAGCAGCAGCAUCAGCAGUACACAGCAGCAGCAGCAGCAGCAGCAGCGCGCGCGCACCCGCAGUCGCUAGCUGCUGGGGCUGGGGCGGCGCUGCCGAUGCCGCCGCCGUUGGGCGUGUACGGCACAGCAGCAGCAGCAGCAGCAGCUGCUGCAGCAGCAGCAGCAGCAGCAGGCCAGGCCUAUGGGGGGCCUCACACCUCGGGGCCCCUCUUAACAGACCCUACAGAGGCCCUUGUUGUUGACAGCAUUGCCUUGGGGGCCCCCUUUGCUGCUGAGGGGGCCCCCUUUGCUGCUGCUGAGGGUUUGCCGCUGGGGGUGCCCAUGAGAGCUGUGGGUUUUCGCCAAUUAAUCAAUUAA